GAGAGAAAAGAGUUCCAAACAAGAACGAAACCCUUCCUCCGCGAGAUUUAUCUACGAACAUGAAGCCUUUCACCGUGGCAGUCCUCUUUGCGCUCGUUUUCGCUCUCGGCGUAAAUUCCGCGUCCGUCAGCCUUUCGAGUAGCAAACUGACGCUCAAUGGUAACGCUCACAUUCAGUAUUAUGGUCCCAAAGAGGCGAUUUGGGCUGGUUUAUCCAACGGUGGCCGAUAUCCCAUCAUUAAUAGUGGUGAUCGGAUCGCUUUGCGGUCAGCCUACACUUCUGGUAGCAAUGUUAAGUACUGGAUGCGCUGUACCACGUCAAAUUGUGCUUGGUAUACCUGCCCUGGUCAGGUGAUGACUUCAUCAGCUUGGUCUUCCUGUUCAUCCACAAUGUUUUAUUACAUUCACGCCAUGGGGAAGAUGAACGGCCAGCCAAUUAACAGCGGUGACGUAGUGUCGCUGAGUAGCUACGGCUAUGGAAGCAGAUACCGGCUAUUCUGUGGUACAUCAACCAGCACCAAAUGCUACAUGCGUUCCACAGUCAGCUCAUUGACGGGAAACAGCUGGUUCAGCUACAAUUACGUAACGUUUCAGCUCUUUUCCAAGUAUUCCACUGAUGGUACUCCUGUGCAGUACGGUGAUGUCGUGGCCUUCAAAUACCCGUACGCUUUUAACAGUGCCUGGUUGUAUAAAUACAGUAGCUAUUUUUAUCCUCGCAGCUGCAGCACAAACAGCAAAAGCUCUUGUGCCACUCAAAAUACCACCACUGGCUUCAAGAUCUUUAAAAAGCUUUAACGCAUGACAUUCACAUCUGAAAGCUUUAAAAAAGGUUUCAGCCAGAAAAGUGCCACUUGCAAGUUAAACUGUAUUUUACCGUUUCUCAGAAACAAUAAAAUCGACGAAAGUUGAAAAA